CAGAAAAAUUGACCAUUCCAUACCUUUCAAGAAUUAAGGAAUGGCAAAUUUCUUGCUCCCCAUCGUCUUCCUCCUCUCCUCCACACAAAUCAUCCCCUCUGCAGCAACCGACACCAUCACUCCGUCUCAACCUCUCGUCGCCGGCCAAACCCUCAUCUCCGCUGGAGGCACUUUCGAGCUCGGCUUCUUCAACGCCUCCUCACCUUCCAACUCUUUCUUAGGCAUAUGGUAUCACAAAAUCCCCAUUCGCGAAAUCGUCUGGGUCGCUAACCGCCGAUCUCCGAUCACCACCCGAAACGCCACUCUUUCUCUAACCACUGACGGCAAUGUUCUCAUCACUGUCGGCAUCGUCAACGGCGGCGGCGGUAUCGGAGCUAUAUGGUCGACGAACACCUACGACAUAAAAAUCCCAUCUUUGAAGCUCCUCGACUCAGGCAACCUCGUGCUGACUGACGGCGCAUCAGAUGCCAUUAUUUGGCAGAGCUUUUACGACCCUUCCAACGCUUUCCUCCCAGAAAUGAAAAUUGGAUUACACAUAACAGCAACACGUCACGUUGAAAAUCGACUAUUGUCUUGGAAAUCUCUCGAUGACCCCUCGCCGGGCGGGUACACCUUCGGCAUACGCCACACCAAUUCAUCGGAACUCGUAGUCUGGAACGGUUCAAACAUCCUGUACCGAACAGGGCCAUGGACUGGAGAUUUUUGGAACGGCUUUCCUCAAAUGAGCUGGGAUUAUCACUUGAACUUAUCCUUUGGCUACGAGGAUGUACGCAACGAGAUUUACUUCACAUACGAAUCGGCCAGUCAGUCUGCAAUGACUUUAAUAAACCUCGAUCCCAGCGGAGUUUUGCAACGGCUGGUGUGGCUCGGCGGCCAGUGGAGACAGUCCUGGCAUAUGCCGAGGGACUGGUGCGACAGGUACGGCACGUGCGGGCCGUUCGGGGUAUGCAAUGAGGAUGAUUUUGAAGGGGUUUGUAGGUGUUUAGAGGGGUUUGAGCCGAGGACGCUGGUCGAUUGGACUUUGAGGGAUUAUUCAGGCGGUUGUGAGAGGAAAAUAGCGUUGAAUUGCUCAGAACGAGUGGAUGGCUUUGUUAAGGUGAGUGCGGUGAAGCUGCCGGACACGGAGAACGUGACAGUGGCCGGCGACCUGGAAUUGAGGGACUGUAAUGCAUUGUGUUUGGGGCAAUGCUCGUGCGUGGCUUAUGCUAUGCUUGAAGAGGGUUGUUUGUGGUGGGUUGGUCAGCUAAUAGACAUCAAAGAAUUUGCUCAAGGUACUACAGGAGUUGUGGAUCUCUAUCUCCGGCUUGCUGCCACUGAUUUGGAUUCAGCAGAAAGUGCCUCAAGCAAGAGGAAGCAUAUAGUUGCAGUAGUCAUCCCAUUGGGGCUAGCUUUUAUCAUAUUUUGUUGCUGUGGGAUAUACACAAUAAGAAAGAAAAGAAAGAAGGGUGGAGGAUAUGGAUACGUCAAGGAGAGCAGAGGAGAAGAAAUGGAACUUUCCGUAUUUGAUAUGUCUGCAAUUGAGAUUUCCACAAAUCACUUCUCAGACGAAAAUAAGCUUGGACAGGGAGGAUUUGGCCCUGUUUACAAGGGUCAUUUAGGAGAUGGACAAGAGAUUGCUGUCAAGAGAUUAUCCAGAUAUUCUGUUCAAGGGUCAGACGAGUUCAUGAAUGAGGUUAUGUUAAUUGCAAAACUUCAACAUAGGAAUCUAGUUCGUCUUCUUGGGUGCUGCAUCCACGGAGAGGAAAGGUUGUUGAUUUAUGAGUACAUGCCCAAUAAAAGCUUGGAUUCUUUCAUAUUUGAUAAAGCAAUCAGCUCUCAGCUGGGUUGGGAAAAACGAUUUGAUAUAAUUCUUGGAAUCGCACGAGGACUUCUCUAUCUUCAUCAAGAUUCUAGAUUAAAAAUUAUUCACAGAGAUCUCAAGGUUAGCAAUGUUCUUCUUGACAAAGAGUUGAAUCCCAAAAUUUCAGAUUUUGGCAUGGCUAGGAUUGUGAGAGGAGACCAAAUGCUAGAAAGCACAGAGAAAGUGGUUGGCACAUUCGGAUACAUGUCGCCCGAGUAUGUAAUGCAUGGUAUAUUUUCAGUAAAAUCAGAUGUCUUUAGCUUUGGAGUUAUUGUACUUGAAAUCCUUACUGGUAAAAAGAAUAGAGUGUUUGAUCCAAAUGGAAGCUAUGUGAGCCUUGUAGGACAUGCCUGGAGACUUUGGUCAGAAAAUAAAUCCCUGGAGUUAGUCGAUGAUGCGCUAAAGCAUGGCUAUAAUGAGAAGGAUGUUCUGCGAUGUAUGCAGGUUGGUCUCCUUUGUGUGCAAGAAGGGAUCGAAGAUAGGCCUACAAUGGCUUCAGUGGUUUUGAUGCUGAGCAGUGAAAGCAUGACACUGCCCCAACCUAAGUGGCCUGGAUUCUACCCCAGAGAUGGUUCUAAAGUAGCAGAUUUUUCAACUGUAAAUGGUGUCACUCUUACAAUGAUCCAUGGUAGGUAGAGAAGUUGAACCAGAACCUAUUAAUGGCUUGAGUGGUAUGAAUGACACUGGCAAUGUGGCUGACGUCCAACCAACUAAUCAAGAUGCUACAGGUUUGUUGGGACUAACAAAAUUUUCCUAUUGUGAGUAAGAAAAGAGCAUAAACACAGCUCAUAUUGGUCUAUUGGUUGAGAGCUUAGGCUACCAACUAAGAGGUCUUAGGUUCGAUUUUUGUGUAUACAAUGUGUGUGUGAGUCUGCCUUAAUUGACCUAAGUGUCCCCCCAAAAAAAUAAAAAGCAGAAAAAGUAUGGGCUAUUUUUUAAAUAUCCAUGGUAUGUUUCAAGAUUAUGAUAAUAACAGACGAUGUGCGCUACUCCAUAAAAAGUGACAUUCUUCCUUGCUCAAUAGUGCGGUACUUGAAGAGUUUGUUUAUCAUUGGUUCUGCUUAUAUGUCUUAUAGGCAGGCAGCAAAAUUAAGUACUGCAUUGCUCUAAUUAUUAUAUUGUUAUUUGAUCUCUUACAUGUUGAUCUAUUUUAAUAAAGUUGAGUGUACUUUGGUUUGCAGUUA